AUGAGUCUCCGUCCAAAACAAAAGUCGUCUUCAACUUCAAGCUUCAUCAAAUCGCAUAAAUUCUCACUCACUUCCCAUAUUCUUAGAAAAACCAAACGAGCCGACAACAUGGAUAACGCGGAGAGGCGACGAUCGGAAGCGGAUCUUGGCGGGAAUUCAAGAUCAAGUGAAACCCGUCCGAGCCUUGAUCUCACGUCAGAUCCCAUGCUUGAAUCCAAUUUAGCGCUUCGAAAACUAUCAGAAGCUUUUGGUAAGAUAUUAAAACAUUUGUUGGCAGUUAGCUUUUCAAUUGGAUCCCAACCAUUGCAAAUCCGCAAAUCGAUUUCUAAUCCAUCAAGUCUCACAAAGCACCAAUCGAGUGCACCUAGCCAAUCGACUAGUUUUAUUCAUCUGCCACGAAUUGAGAUUCAUCAUAUUUCGCUGCGGCCAAUCUUGAAAAGGCUCCAGGAAAAAGCACAAAGAAUCGAAGGAAAGGCAUUUGUUCGUCGAGGAGCGUUGAGACAAAAAAACGUUCAUGAAAUCAAAUCGCACAAGUUCAUCCCACGUUUCUUCAAACAACCGACGUUCUGCUCGCAUUGCAAGGAUUUUCUUUGGGGGUUCACCAAACAAGGAUUCCAAUGCCAAGUGUGCACGUUGGUGGUUCAUAAACGAUGUCACGAAUUUGUCAAUUUUGCAUGUCCCGGAGCCGAUAAAGGUGUAGAUACUGAUGACCCACGUCAACAACAUAAAUGGAAAGUCCAGACAUAUUCGUCGCCAACAUUUUGCGAUCAUUGUGGCUCUCUACUCUAUGGCUUGAUUCAUCAGGGCAUGAAAUGCCAGUCGUGUGACGUCAACGUACAUCAUCGCUGUGUGAAAAAUGUUCCGAAUAUGUGUGGAACGGAUAAUACUGAGAAACGUGGAAGAAUUCGUCUGGAAGCUUUUAUUGAAAACGAAAUUCUCACUAUUAAAAUCAUCGAAGCGAGAAACUUGAUCCCAAUGGAUCCCAAUGGACUGUCGGAUCCAUACGUUAAAUGCAAACUUAUUCCGGAAGAUACCGGAUGCAAAUCGAAGCAGAAGACGAAAACUUUGCGUGCGACUCUCAACCCACAGUGGAAUGAAACUUUUACAUACAAAUUGCAACUGCACGACAAGGAUCGUCGGCUCUCGAUUGAAGUUUGGGAUUGGGAUAGAACAUCGAGAAAUGAUUUCAUGGGAAGUUUGUCGUUUGGGAUCUCAGAGUUGAUGAAAGAGCCAGCUGCUGGAUGGUAUAAACUUCUCAACGCGGAGGAAGGAGAAUUUUACAACAUCAAUAUUCCUCCAGAGUACGAGGAGGAGAUGGAGAAGGUCCGCAAGAAGUUUAAUGAGCAUAAAAUCACUCGUGAUACUUCGGCCCGUUCACGAGAAUCGAACCCAGUGUCAACUUCGCAUGUUACGAUUUCUACUAAUAGAGAUGUCAUUAAAGCGUCAGACUUUAACUUUUUGACUGUUCUCGGAAAAGGCUCAUUUGGAAAGGUUCUUCUUGGAGAGCAUAAGACAACUAAAGAGUUGUUUGCUAUAAAAGUUCUGAAAAAAGAUGUCAUUAUCCAAGAUGACGAUGUCGAAUGUACGAUGACCGAAAAAAGAGUUCUCGCACUUCCAGAAAAACCACCUUUCUUGGUUGCUCUUCACUCGUGCUUCCAAACCAUGGAUCGGCUUUACUUUGUUAUGGAAUUCGUUAACGGAGGAGAUCUCAUGUAUCAGAUUCAGCAAGUCGGAAAAUUCAAGGAACCUGUCGCUGUAUUCUAUGCUGCUGAAAUCGCUUCUGGACUAUUCUUCCUUCACUCGAAGGGAAUUAUUUAUAGAGAUCUUAAGCUUGAUAAUGUUAUGCUUGAGCAAGAUGGUCAUAUUAAAAUAACUGAUUUUGGAAUGUGCAAGGAGGAGAUCUUUGGAGAUGCUACGACAAAGACAUUCUGCGGAACUCCUGACUACAUUGCUCCAGAAAUAAUUUUGUAUCAACCGUAUGGAAAAUCAGUAGAUUGGUGGGCAUACGGUGUGUUACUUUUCGAGAUGCUUGCUGGUCAGCCUCCAUUUGACGGUGAAGAUGAAGACGAGCUUUUCACUGCUAUUACUGAGCAUAACGUUUCCUAUCCAAAAAGCAUGUCAAAGGAAGCGGUCUCAAUCUGCAAAGGUCUUUUAAUCAAAAAUCCAAAGAAUCGGCUUGGGUGCACUGGAGAUGAUGACAUGGCCCGCAGAGAUAUUAAAGAACAUCCAUUCUUCCGCAGAAUUGAUUGGUACAAAAUUGAAACGCGCCAAGUUCAACCUCCAUUCAAACCGAAAUUGAAAUCACCUAACGAUGUCUCAAACUUUGACUCCGAGUUCACUCAUGAAGUUCCCAAAUUGACACCAAUCGAUCGCCUAUUCUUAAUGAAUCUCGACCAGAGUGAAUUCGAAGGAUUUUCGUUCGUCAACCCCGAAUAUGUCCAAGAAUGUUAA